UUUCCGUUCUAAUAAAGAUGUCGCCCUUCCAGCUACUUCGAGCGGUCGCGUGAGUCAAAGCAAAAGGUACCACGUGCUUGUGAGAUGCAUUGAACGCAUUUUUAACGGAUACAAGUGUAUUAUAACGUGUAAUGUAAUAAUUAGUACACACGUAUUCAACGAAGAUAUUGUUUGUAAAAGUUUCCCAGUCAAUUCUUCAACAUAUUGUUUAUAACCUUACGUUGUUGCCGGGCUGAUAUUUCCAUCGUCUGCAGAAGAAGUCAUACACGAUGGUGAAAGCGAAGAAAAGAAACAUGUCCGAGUUCGCGCAACGCAAGCGAGCGCAGAACAGUAAAAAGCAAUUAAAUCCGUUCGAGAUACACAUCAACAAGCAGAAGCAAAAAAUACUGGGCCAGAAGAACAAACAUGAUCGUGGCCUUCCAGGAGUGUCCAGGGCAAGGGCCAUCGACAAACGUAAGCAGAGCCUUCUGCAGGAAUACAAAUUGAAGAACAAGGACAACAUUUUCCUGGACAAGCGUAUAGGCGAGAGGAAUUCCGCCAUGAGCGCGGAGGACAGAGCGAUGGCGAGAUUCGCCAGGGAACGCAUAAAGGCGCACAGAAAGAAAGGUAUUUAUAAUCUGAAUGACGACGAGACACUGACGCACAGGGGUCAGACUCUGGAGGAGAUCGAGAAGUUCGAUGAUCCCAGAAGCGACGAGGAGAGCGACGACGGAGACGCGAGUGGCAAACUGGAUAGAAACUUCGUGGAGGAGGCUCAUUUCGGCGGAGGAGUUUUGUCGCAGUCGGACGCCACGUUGUCGAGGAAGGACGUGAUCAAUCAGCUGAUCGCGGAGUCGAAGAAACGGAAGGCGGAGCAACAGAAGAUACGGGAGCAAACGAUAGAUCUGACGGAAAAACUCGACUCCGAGUGGAGAGAUUUCGUGUCCGUUGUGUCCGUGUGUAAGAAGACCGACGAAGACACUGGCAAAACAACGAAAGCGGACGAUUAUGACGUGGCUGUGCGACAGUUGAAGUUCGAAGCUAGGGGCAAUCCGUCUGAGAAAUUGAAAUCGGAGGAACAGAUCGUUCAGGAGGAGAAGGAAAGAUUGGAAGCACUGGAAGCCGAUAGAUUGGCGAGAAUGAAGGGAUUUGUAUCCGAUGCUAGUAAUCAGUGCAAGCAUAGAUCUGCUGAUGAUCUUGAUGACGGUUUCUUGGUGGAAGCUAUUGGUGAAGAUGAUAAUGACAAUGAUAUUAAUAAUGUGGCUACUGGUACUGAUAAUAAUGAAAAAAGUAGUGAUGAUGAUGAUGAUGACGACGACGACGACGACGGCGACGAUAAUGCUGAUGAUGCUGAUAAUGAUGACAACUUAGAGAGCAGUCUGGAAGAAAGAUCAAUGAAAGAUACAGAAACGAAGAAGGAUGAUGGUACAGAUAAAGAAAGAACAUAUUUCGAAUCAUCAAGUGUAGAAGAUAAAUCUGCUACCACUUUAAUAAAUUCAGAUCAACAUUUAGAGACUGAAAAUUCGGAUUGCGAAGCAUCCGAAGAUGAUCUUUCGGAUCUAAGGGUGUCUGAAGAAUCUAGCGAGGAUGAAAAUAAAACUGUCGACAAGCACGUUACGUUUGCAAGUAAUCUGACAAAAUGUUCGAAACAGGCAAAUCAGUCGAGUCAGAAUUGUCUAAAGUCGAUAUUGAAGCAGAGCAACAGCGACGCGCGUGUACAGAAUUCGUCUAAGGAAGAUAGAAAAGAUGAAAUUCUAAGCGAUCUCUUGAAGCGGAAAGACAUUAUGGAGGCGGCACGAAAUGAAUUACCUUACACGUAUAACGUUCCGGGGAGGUUUGAGGAAUUAGAGAAAUUGUUGAAAAAUCAUGACGUCCAGUGUCAAUCGCUUAUUAUAGAUCGUAUUAUAAAAUGCAAUCAUUGGACGUUAAAUGGCAAGAACAAAGAAAAAUUGUCAGAUCUCUUUGUAUACUUAUUGCAGUAUAUAAACAAUUGCGCUUACGCGGACAAUACUCGUGAUUUAGUGGAAUGUUUUCAAGUCUUUGAUAGAUUAUGUCCAUACCUUUAUGACUUAGCAUAUAUGGAUCCGGGAAAAGCUGUAGAAUAUGUACAGGAAAUAAUUAAAGAGAAGCAUGAACAUUUUGCGAAGAACAAAAAGAGAUAUCCCGGCAUGGAUACGCUUAUAUUAUUUAAAUUGGUGUCCUUGUUGUUUCCAACAUCGGACUUCAAACAUCCCGUUGUCACGCCUUGUCUAGUAUUCAUGUCGCAAAUAUUGCUCAGAAGUCAUCUCAAGAGAGUCCGAACCGACAUCGCGAAAGGUCUUUUUAUAUGUACACUCAUUUUGGAAUAUACGGUAUUAAGCAAGCGAUUUGCCCCGUCUGCAAUAAAUUUCUUGCGUGGAAUCAUUUACACGGCGAUAACUACGGAUGUGAUUAAAAAAACUGUACCGCCAUUUAAAGCAGCGUGCAAGGUCCUAGUGACUGAGGGAACCGACGUCGAAAUUGACACGAACGGUGCACGCAUGUUCGCAAGUGACUUAGUCGAUGAUGAAAUAAACGACGAGUUCAGGAUAAGAGCUGUACUGACUGCGGUAAACCUAAUCAAGGACUUCAAGAAUCAGCUCCAAGAGUUGGAGGCAGUACAUUCAAUAUUUGAGCCAGUUGUUCAAUUAUUAAGCUCGUGUAAAUUCAAAAAUUAUCCAUCAAACGUGAGGCGUCGCAUAAGAGAAGUGCGCAAGGAACUCGCACUGUUAAGGAAUAAGAAAUUGGAGUACAUUGUGCUCGAGAAGAAAAGGCCGAAGCCUUUAAGGAUGUACGAGCCGAAGAUAGUAACAGUGUAUGAGGGAAAGCAGCAUAAGCCAAUGUCGAAGAAAAAAGCGGAGAGAGCGAAAUUGCUGCAUAAGUACAAGCGAGAGUACAAGGGCGCGGUUCGCGAAAUAAAGAAGGACCGAAACUUCCUAUUCAAGGUGCAGAUUGCUCAGCAAAUAAAGAGCGACGCCGAGCGCAAACGUAAGGUGAAUCUGAUCUUCGGCGAAGCAGCGACGCAGCAGCACGAGUUCAAGAAAAUGAAGAGGAAGAAGUGAUAAGAUUUUUUUAUAACAGUGCGUAACAUAAUGUCAUAUACAGGGUGUUUCCUAAGUAAGUAGACAAACUUAAG